UGUGUGGUUGUGUUUGUUUGGUGGGUUUGGUGAUUGUUGUCGUCUCCGGUCUCUCUGGUGUUGUCUGAAGCAAGAAGUAUACUACUUCUUGGUCUGAAGUCUCAACCUGAACGUCUACUCUCAAGUGCCCAGUCUCCGUUACAUCGUCAUAAAAGUUUCCCCGGACCCGGUGUCUCGAUUGCGCGUUCUCCAGAUUUGUCAUAAUAUUAUAACACAAGCGGGCCAAAAUGGAGUCUAUUUUGGAGCAGCAGCGGCGCUACCACGAGGAACGUGAAAGGUUGAUGGACGCAAUGGUCAAAGAGAUGCUGCACAAAAAGCUUGGCAAUCGCGAAAUAAUAAAUUCCGAUCACAGGCUGAAGAUGCUCCUGGACCAUUACUCCGAGAGCACAACACACUUGAAGGAGCUUUACGAGGACAAAGAUGGGCUUCGAAAGGAGGAGGUUUCACUCUUAUCUGGUCCCAAUGAGUUUGGAGAGUUUUACUCCAGGCUCCGGGGCAUAAAAGAAUUCUACAGGAAGCACCCAAAUGAAAUCAGCGUGCCCAUGUCUGUUGAAUUUGAGAACAUCACUAAAAUGAGAGAAAAUCCUAGCGAUGAAGCAGCUAAUAUUGUUGAUUUUACUGACGAAGAAGGCUACGGGAAAUACUUGGAUUUGCACGAGAUGUACAUUAUGUACAUAAACUUGAAGGGUAUUGAGAAAGUGGAUUAUAUUACCUACUUGACCACUUUUGACCACUUGUUUGACAUACCCAAAGAGAGGAAGAACAUGGAAUACCAGAAGUACUUGCUUAAGCUUCUCGAGUAUUUGGAUGAUUACACCCAGCGUGUCAAACCUUUGCUGUCUCUGCCCAAUGAAAUGGACAGUGUGGCCAAAGAAUUUGAGCAGCAGUGGGAAAGUGGCACAUUUCCAGGAUGGCCUAAAGAAGCUGGCAGUGCUCUGACCAAUGUAGGUGCCCACUUAGAUUUGUCAGCAUUUUCAUCGUGGGAGGAAUUAGCAUCGCUAGGGCUCGAUCGUCUCAAAUCUGCCCUGAUGGCUCUGAAUAUGAAAUGUGGAGGAACUCUUGAAGAAAGAGCCCAGAGGCUGUUCAGCACUAAGGGUAAAAAAGACCUUGACCCGUCGCUCAUGGCUAAGAGCAAGAAAGGAAACAAGACGGCUAAUUUGAAGUUGCUUGAGAGACAAAGGGAAAUUUCCCAUUUGGAGGCCCAAGUUUAUCGAUUUGCGGAAAUUCUUUCGGAGCAGAGGAGUAACACCAAAGAAAACGUUCAGAGGAAGCAAGCUCGCACAGAAGGCGAAAGAGAGGAAUCUGAUGAAGAGGAAAGUGCGUCAGCCUCAGAAGAUGAGGACAAUGACGAUGUUCCUUACAAUCCAAAAAAUCUACCCCUUGGUUGGGAUGGGAAGCCUAUUCCCUACUGGUUGUACAAGCUUCAUGGCUUGAAUAUCAGUUACAACUGCGAAAUAUGUGGAAACUUCGUCUAUAAAGGCCCAAAAGCAUUUCAAAGACAUUUCGCGGAAUGGCGUCAUGCUCACGGCAUGCGCUGCCUGGGAAUACCAAACACGGCGCACUUUGCCAACGUCACACAAAUCGAGGACGCCCUUCAAUUGUGGGAGCGCUUAAAGCUGCAGAAACACAUGGAGCGUUGGCAACCAGAGGUCGAGGAGGAGUAUGAAGACUCGCUUGGCAAUGUGGUCAACAAAAAGACCUACGAAGAUUUGAAGAGGCAGGGGCUUCUAUAAUCCCUUGGUAAAUAAGUCUCGAUUUUACUUUCUGUCUUGUGAAUAAAUCUUACUCGAAUACAAAAGCUUUUUAAACAAA